AGAACCCCGCAUAUUUAUUGUAGAAUCCCAUAAACCCACAGCUUUGGGCUUUCACGUUUUAAUGGACAGGACCGGACCCCUUAUUGCGUGCUACUCACGUGCGAAUACACCAAGACACGUGGCUUCUCUAUUCAACGCGCAAAUCGAUUACGUGUCGGAUUUAUCCGCCUCCAUCGGAUCCGAAUCAGGUCCCCGUAUAUAUCUCCGUCAUUGCCCGAAUUUGCCGGCAAGGUUGCAAUAAUCCGUUAUUCGUGGAUUUGGGAGAUCCUCGUCGUGUAUUCAUCAUGGAGUUCUCUUUAGUCGCCGAUACACUCACUGUUUAUACGGCUAAGCAAGGUAUCGCGUUUGGCAAAUCUCUCCUUCAAAGGUUGGAUUUAGCUAAUCACCUCUCUUUCGCCGAUUCCGCCGUAGAUCAUCAAUCUCCCGGUGGUGGAAUCGUUCAGUCAACGGCGAUUAUCUUUCCCGUUGAUGCAAUCGCUCCUCCACCAGUCAGAUCUAGCUCUUACAAGACCAUCCGACGGAUCCGUAAAAAGCGACGGACGAGGCGAGUUUCGUUUGGCGGUGAUGGAGACGACGGGGGAGAUUUUAAUCGUUUUCUGUUAGAUGGUGAUUUCGGUGGUAACGACGGUCCAUUCGGAUUUGGAGGCGGAGGAAACGAUGGUGGCGGAAAGGGAUGGAACUACGGCGGCGGCGGUGGUGGUGGUUUCGGAGGGGAGAAUUGGGACGAGUCUUCGUUUCCGUCUUGGUCGGAUCCGGCAAUGGAGUUCGUGUACGAAGUGAUUUGCUGGAUCGCGUUGUCUAAUUGUGUUCACUUCGCCUUCAAGAGGAUAGUGAGGAUCGUGACCGACGGUGAAAGGGAGAAGUUGAACAUCACAUUAUCCCCUGUGUGCUGACAAAUUCGUGUGAUUCCUGCUUGGUUUAAGAUUCUUAAUCUCAGUUCCAACUAUAUCAGAUGAUCUCUCUUGUGUGUAUAUAUUAUUUAUUAUAUACAUUGUACAUAUAUUUUUAAUUUCAAUUCACCUUUGAGUUUGGUUUA